AGGGUGAGGGUAGAAGGAAAAGUGAGGUUACGGGCAGAGAAAAAAAAAACACUUAGAGAAGGUAGAAUCUAGAAGAUUCUGUGUUAAAUGUUAAAUAAUAAACUCCCACACUUCCCGAGGCCUUGAGAGAGACUCAUGAGAAAUGUCUGGGAGCUAGUUGGCUGACUACUAAUCCUAUUAUGGAUUAUGAUUGGACGUCACAAUAUGACGAGUCUAGGAGUAAUAAUGAUGACGAUGAUGAAGAUUAGACCCUCCUGUUCUCCCGUCCUGGCCUCCCUCAGCUGGUCACUUCCCCUCACCAAGCCACCGGACAGACGGACAAACUUGACAGCAUAGACCAGAAACAGCCAGACAAACAGACAGUCACAAAGACAGACAGGCUGACCACAAACACAGACCACUAACAGACAGACCAGAAGCAGACACGUCAGGGACAGACUGGUUGCAGACGUUCUCCAGACUAACAGCCUCACAGGUCCAAGAUGUCCGGCAGUCCCACUGAGGAGCAGGAGGCAUCUGGGGUGAAGACAGGCCCUAAGGGAGUGAUAAACGACUGGCGCAGGUUCAAGCUGGACAGUGUGGACCAGACGCUGCCCCCCAGUAAGAGAGAGCUGCUGAGGCAGAUGUCCAGCCCCCAGACCGACGACCUCAAGGACAAACUCAACCGCAAGAUGAGUGCUCAGGAGUAUGAGUUGAUCCAGGAGGAGGAUGAGCACUGCCUGCGGCGCUACAGGAAGCAGUGCAUGCAGGACAUGCACGAGCGCCUCAGCUUCGGGCCCAAGUUCGACACGGUCCAUGAGCUGGAAAGCGGCGACGCCUUUCUGGAGGUGAUAGAGAAGGAGCACCGCCUCACCCUGGUCAUAGUCCAGAUCUACGCCCACGGCGUCCCAGGCUGCGAGGAGCUCAACUCCUGCCUGGACUGCCUGGCCACAGAGUACCCCAGCGUCAAGUUCUGCCGCAUCACGGCUGUUGCCACGGGCGCCGGCGAGCGUUUCCCUGAAGACGUGCUGCCCACCCUGCUGGUGUACAAGGCCGGCGAGUUGCUAGGCAACUUCGUGGCGGUGACGAAGCACCUGAACGAGGAGUUCUUUGCCACGGACGUGGAGGCCUUCCUGAACGAGUACGGCCUGCUGCCAGACAAGGAGCUCACCUGCCCUGACGAGGAGGAGGAGGGGGGCGGGGCCCAGGUCGAGUAGGACACACACACACCAAGUACACACACACACCAA